AACAUUUGCGAUGGCGAUGUGAGUGGGAUUUUCUUCGUUUGUGAAUGAUAUUUUUGUCUUGCAUUUUUAGUUUAUUUUAUAUUACAUGAAUGAUAAACUGUAUUCACGUUGAACUGUCUGUGAGGAUUUGCAAGAACGAGUGCCUUCAUCGAUCAUCUCGCGAGAACAACAACGUGAGGUGAUGGAGGAGAGUUCUGAAGUUCACAUGGAGACUGAUGUGUCCUCCACUACCGAGGAUGUAUCUGAAACCCAGGAGGUGACAGGAUCUAAUGGUAAUGUAGAGAUGAUUGUAAUUGUAGAGAAAGUAAGUGAGGAGGAGGAAGAUAAUAGCUCACAACAGAUUCAUUCACAACCGCCAGUAGCGUCUAGUGAGGAUGAUACAAGCUUGAAAAUAUCUCCUCACAUUUCACCCACGAAAUUGUUACAAAAUAUUACACAGUCUCCUAGCAAAGUAACUGAGACCCAAAAAACCCCUGUCAAGUCACAAUCACCUCAGUCACCUCACAAAGUUACCCCUUCAAAAAAGGCAGAGAUAAUUACCCUUUCCCCUGAUCAGUCUGAAGCAGUGGUUGAUUCAUCUAGUAAGAUUGAGGCUCAGAAAACACCAGAUAAAACACCAGUCUCCAUAAGUACACUAAGUAAGAAUGAUAAGCUUGAUGUUGACUCUGAAAUAACUCCUCAUGCUUCUCCAGAACAAGAACAGUCUACAUCUGAUAAAGAUCAACCAGUACAGUUACCCCAAACAAAGUGUAAUAAAGAAACUGAAUCUCAAGAAACAGUUGAAACAACAUCAACUGAAGAGCAGACUGAACAACCUGAAAAGUUAACUUUGAAUGGACAACUUGAAGAUGUUGAACAAAGUCAAGUUGACAUAUCAGAUAAAAAAAGUAUUGACUCCCAAAUGGAAGCAACAGAUAAAGAAGCAGCAAAUGAAACAAUGUCAGAAACACAAUCUGAAACAUCAGAGAAAGAACAUAACAAAAGCAUAAGUAGGGAAUUAAAAUCACUAAUAAAUUCUGCCAAAGAAUCUAAGAUAAUAAGUGAAUGUACACAAUUGACUAGCAAAACUAGGAAGUCUAGAGCUCCUUUAGACACUUCAAGCUCUAGUCUCAAUAUGUCUGUUGAAGCAGAUAAAAUACUCGAUAAGAGACGCAGCAGUGAUAAUUCACAGAAGAGCAAUUGCAGCGAGAAGUCUGAUAAAAUUGCUGUGAAACGCUCCAUGAGGUCUCAGAAUCCUGAAUUUGUAAAUAAGGUAAAACAGUUUUUGAACUCUGUCACUUCUAAGGUACAAAAGCAGUCUGAUGAUGGGACGGAUGAAGAACUAGAGGACACUAAAAGUAAGGACAGCAAGUCCGAUCACAGGUCUAGUUCCCCUAAAAGGAAGAAAGUAUUGGAAAAUGUCGUUCAAGAAAAAACUAGCAAGCUGCGUUCAGACCCAUAUUGCUGGAGGUGCCAUUGGGCUGUAGAACAGGCCCCUAAUGAGAAAACACACCCUCCAAUGACCUGCACAGUAUGCCCACGGGUCUACCAUUAUAAAUGUUUGAGUGGACUAGAAAGAAACAAAAUUAACAUUGAAAAGAAUUGGGUAUGUCCUGAAUGCAUGGCAGUGUUACAUGCCGAAAGUUCAGAAACUAGAUCACCAGCCAUGAAAAAGAUCUCAUUGGGAAAGCUGUGUGAACUACUAAAGUAUGCAAUGGAGCGAAUGAUGGACCUUAAUGGGAUUGAACCUUUCAUGAAGCCAGUGGAUCGUGCUCUCUUUCCUGACUACGAUAAGUACAUCGUCCAUCCUAUGGAUCUGACGCUGAUGAAGCAGAACAUUCUCUUGGGUCAUUACGGCAGCACCGAGGCCUUCAUAGCGGACGCCCAAUGGAUACUCCACAACAGCAUCAUAUUCAACACAUGUGAGCAGAGUUUUGUGCAAUCGAAGUUAACAGCAGCGGCGAGGACAUUGGUCAGGUCUUGUCGGGCAGAAAUGGGAGAGAUAGAAGCUUGCCCCGAAUGUUAUGCGGCUGCGCAUGCAUUGAAGCCGACUUGGUUUACAGAUGUCUGUACCACACCUCAUAUUUUACUGUGGGCAAAGUUGAAAGGUUUUCCGUACUGGCCCGCUAAAGGUAUGUCAGUGAACAGCUCUGGACUAGUGGACGUACGUUUCUUCGGCGCCCACGAUCGUGCCUGGGUGCCCGCUAAAGAUUGCUUCCUGUUCUCCGUGAAGGAUCCCAACAAUUUUCGAACCAAGCGACAGGAUAUACUGGACAGUGUACAGGAAGCAGAGCAACAUAUACGCAACAUAUCGCGGAAAUACGGCAAGUUCGUGUAUCCGCCGUUCAAGACGCAAUUCGAUCCAACAAAAUUGAAGGAACAGCUUAAGAUGAUGAUACCAUCAUUCGAGGGGGAAGUCCGUUCACCUCUAAAAGAUAAAUCUUCGAACGCGUCGCCGAGUAUCUUUAAAGAGAAAAGCCGAUCUAACUCAAAGAGUUCUAAAGGCUCCCAUAUUGAUGGUGAUUUAAGCGAAUUUGAGGAAGUAUCAGAUGUUUCGGCAAAGACGUCCCGAAAAAUGGAAGACGGUGCAGAAAUAGCUAGAGAAGAAGAGCCUAGUGGAGAUAAGGAUAAAACGAUGGAGGUCGACAAGCCUGCAUCUUCUAUCAAAGAAGUAACGUCGAGGAAACGCCGACGUUCAGAAAUGGAGGAAGCUGUCAUCACAAUCAUAGACAGUUGUAGCAGCGAGAAGAAAAAGCGAAUAGAAACCGUUGACCAUAAAGCAGACGAAGUAAAAAAAUCGUCAACUCAAGUCGAUGCCAAAAAAGAUGAUACAAAAAUAACACCGCUCAAAGAGAAAGAUAACAAGAUUCAGAGCAAAGAUAACGAACCAAGCAGCAGCACAACCGAAAAAGAAAAACCGACUUUAACACCUAUAAAAUUAGUAAUAUCAACUAAACCCAACAGAUCUGUCGUUGUAAACAAACCUAGUAGUGCAAAAAGUGAUAAGAUCACACCUGUGAAAAUGAAACAAACCAAAUUAGAUAAGUCUAUUUCAAUAGAAAAAGCUAGCAAUAAAGACAAAGCGCAGAAACGUCGAAGUUCGAAAAAUAACAAGUCGUUGAAUAACAGUAGUUUGUCGAUCACGCCUAAAGCUGACAAGGCGUCUGAGAAGAGGGGCGAUAAGAGCACCGUUAAUUCUGCCACCACUGAAAGCGUGAAAGAAAAUAAGGAAGACCCUAUUAUGUCAACAUCACAUCACAUAGAAAAGGCUCCCGCGAAGUCUACGGCUAGUCCUAGGACGGCCAAAGAUAAGAUCCAGUUCGAUGACGACACGAGUCUAGCUGUAAUAGCACGAGAGUCUAAAACUAACAGCAGUAUAACUGUCAUGCCGACCAUCAGUAGUGUACGAAGUUUAUCCACUACAGCCACAAAGACCAGUACAACGUCAACGAAGACAAUAACCAAUGCAAAAUCAAUCGAAAUCACAAUAGACACAAAUACAGAGUCGAGUAUGUUCAGUCCUACGAGCGUUGAAAGCGUUCGUAAUGCGAAAGAGACGGCAAACAAACUGCAAAGGUUGCGGAAAGAGAACGACCAGCAACCAAUCGUAGGACGGGUGGGGGUUAAAGCGUUCGCGCGCAUGACGUCACCGGAUGCGAAGAAAGACAACGCGAACGCAAACAAGGAUGUACAGGUGGAGAUUAAAUCGGAACCGGUGGACGUGGACGAUGCGGAUAGACACAUGGAGAAAAUGGACUUUGUAAACGCAUUUAGAUUACAACCGGUCAAUACGACAACUAGUUUACGUGAAGUGAGGAUAAACAAAGUGACUCCGCCGGUGGUAGUUAAAAAAGUGGGUGUUAAACCGUCCGAAGUGAGGCCUAGGGCGAAGAAAACUUUUCCUCAGCCUAAGAAGCCGGACGACGGUAGAUCGGAGUUGAACAGUAAAAACUCUAUGGUGUAUAUUCCUAUACAGCCGCCGGUAACGCCGGUCCCGGUUCGCGGGACUCGGAUGACGCCGGUUUCAGUAUCCAAUGGACCGAGCAACGUGGCCGUUUCCAGAAUCAUCACUAGCAUCGCUAACACGAGUAACAAUGGAGUGAACACAGUGACGUCACCACUAGUCCCCCCCGCAUCAGCACAACAGCCCCCCGCGGUGAUGCCUACAGUCAGUAACGCAUUGUCCCUAGUACCCAGCGUGGGACAGAUGCCUAGCGUGGGACCGAUGCCUAGUGUGGGACAAUUGCCUAGCGUAGGUCCGAUGCCUACUAACGUUCACACGGUGCCCCUCAUCACUUCAGUUAACGGACAGUGGACAUUUAGUCUACAACCCGUGAUGUCUGUCGGUGGUGUAGAUGUGUUGAUACAGGAUGACAUCCCACAGCCGUUGAUGAAUGGUCUACCGGAUCGUAGUAAAGCGCCUACCAGCAUUGUACCAAUAGUGCCGACACCGGUGGUAGCACCUUCGAAUCCGGUCUUGGUGCCGGCGUCUACGCCUGUGAUCCCGCCCACUAUUACUAACGCAGUAUUGCCCAGUAGUGGUCCAAAUGUGGUGACGACCUCCACAGUCUCUAUACCAACCGUGGGCCCACCAUCGGUUGUGACACCCAAUAGGACUACAGAAAAUUCCGCACCUGGAGAGCCCCCCAGAUUACAGCAGAGGCCGGCGUUACUCAAUCCGCUUGAUACACAAACGCCGGCUGGUGCUUUGCCCACGCCCUCCAGUGCUGGACCAAUCACUGCCAAACUCAACCAGAACGCGGUCAAGAUGGCGGAUUUCUUCCGCAAUUUGCUGGAAGAUUCACUAGAGAAGGUCGACGAGCCGGCGGCGGAAAUGGUGCUCCUUAAACUACAACUCGAGCAAAACCGAUGGCGGCAUCGACAAGAGCUCGAGGAAUUGAAACACAAUCACGAGUUGACGCUUGCUGAGAUGCGUUCGUCGUUCGAGAAGGAAAAGGCUCGUUUAGUGAGCGAAGUUCGAGUGGCGGCGCAGGCUGAUCUAGAAUCAGCCGUUAAAGCGGCGAAAACUAAACAAUGGUGUGCGAACUGCAACCAGGAGGCUCAGUUCUACUGCUGUUGGAACACUUCGUACUGCGACUAUCCGUGUCAGCGUGCUCACUGGUCGCAACAUUUCUCUGUAUGCACACAACAAAGGACACAGGAUGGUGAUAAUAACAACAUAGGGACUCCACCUGAAAGUAGACUACAGCCGCAACCGGAUAACCUGCCAAAGAGUACAACGGCCCCUAGUACGACGCCGACUUUAACUGUAGGCGGGAAGAUUGCUAAUCGUGGUCCCGCACAGGAAACUGGAAAGACUGGUUCAAUCAUCAUUAAUAUGGAAAAGGACAAUACAGGUAAUCAAAAGCUGAAAUGCGUCGGCACUUACAAGGUGCCAGGGACGCAAUCACAGAUUUCUCCCCUUGUCCUUAACAAACAGAUAAUGAACAAUGAAGAAAACUCGAAGAAAGUGGUGACAUCUGGUGGUUACCUGAUAGUGGGUCAUUCGAGCAGCUCAUCAACUAUAGUGUCUCCCCCACGGAGAACGCACAGUAUCCACUACUACACAUGA